AUGCUGAGCAGGGUUUCGCUUAGAAGCUCUGUUCUGGCUGUUGAUGAGCUCGGAGCUGGAAAGAAUAAUGAGGCACCCAUGGUUGAUACUUGGUGCCAAUGGAUGAAAGAGCCACUCUUCUACUACGUCGGAAUCCUUUAUUGUCUUACACGACUGAUUGUCAAUGUAACCGCAACUUAUUUUCCAUUCUACAUCCAAGAAUCACUGGACUUGCCGAAGGAAUUCAUCACAAGCUUGCCGCUCAUCAAUUAUUUGACGGGCUUUGUUGUCUCUUUUGCUAUGAAACCUCUUGCUAAACAUCUUGGCAAGAAUGUGACUUUCUUCCUUGGCUGUUUGAUCAUGAUCGCCGGUUGUAUGUGGGCAGGAUUGUUGGAAAACGACCCGAUCGAAAACGGAGGCAAGGUUCAUUGGGGUGUUUACUUGCUGCCGGUCAUUUUCGGCGCAGGAACGAGUACGAUUCUAGUGCAGAGUUUGUCCAUCACAGCAGCUCUUAUCGGCGAAAAUACGAACACGGCGGCCUUUGUUUAUGGAGCCAUGAGCUUGACAGACAAAAUCGCUUGUGGAGCCGCAAUCAUGCUUAUUCAAGCCUUUGCGCCUUGUUCUGAAGACCAAGUCCCCAAUGGGCCGUGUGAAGACAACGGAUGUGGGUUGUAUUACUGUCGAGUUUUGGCGUACAUCGUUGGUGGUUUCAGCGUCUUGGCAAUCUUUGCGAAUCUGUUGCACUGGAGCAAAGUGCGAAAAUUCGCUCGACAGUAG